AUGGUGCUUUACCUAGAAUUCGCGUUCUUCGUGAUACUCGCGACCCUUCUCCUGCUCUGCGUCAUCGUGGCCAAACUCCGCGACAUGGCCGAAUCACGAUUCGCCGAUCAGGCCUCCACCUCGAGCCUCAGAUCACAGAAGGGUUCGUCCGAAGAAGCAGUCACGUCUCGGAGCAAGCGUGCCACCGCCGCAUCCACCAGCCAAGGCCGUGCGUCCAAGAGAAGAGCCGUGAAACUUGGAGGAAACAAAACCGGAUCUGAUUUCGACGGCUCUGUGGGCCGGAAGCUCGAGAGCGAUGAUCGUACUGCUAGAGAAGUUGAGAUCAUCGGUUCCAAGGAAUCAUCCAUUGGGACUGAAGUGUUGAGGAAAGAGUUUGAUGAAAUCCAGCGAGGAUCGGCCGAGGACGACGAUUGGGAGGGAGUAGAGAGGAGCGAGUCAGCCAGGCUCUUUGGUCGGGCCAUCCAAUUCGCGUGCUCCGCGCGCAAUGCCGGCUUGAUUUCGGCGAUCCACGGCGAGCAGGCGAUGAAGCUGUACGGACUCCAUAAGGUCGCUCUCGAGGGGCCCUGCCGCGAGCACCAACCGAUGGCGUUCAGAGUCUCGGCUCGAGCCAAGUGGAAUGCUUGGCAACAGCUUGGGAACAUUAGCCCAGAGGUUGCUAUGGAGGAAUACAUCGUUCUUCUCUCAGAAAAAAUUCCCAGCUGGAUGCACAACAAUGCGGUCGAAGAUGUAGUUUGUACAGAUGCCGAAACAUUUUGGAAGCUAAUCUGUAAUGUCAGGACAGCGAUAGAGCAGCAAACGAAAACUGACCCAAACAGAUUACAGAAGCUGAAUCCUGCGACAUAACAUGGUCCUGAUGUCACUGGCUCCAUGUGCAGAAGACUUGGUGAAGAAGGCACGAGAAGAGAGUGUA